AAUAUUUGAUUUUUGCUAAUUAAAGGCCAAAUUAGUCACACACUGUCCCUUUAACAUACUGCUAACCAACAUUGAACAAAUGCACAUGGGGCAGUCCUGUUACUAAGGUGAGCUCUUUGGCUGGUGAGACACUCCCAUGAGGCGGUGUGUGUUUCAGGCAAGCACCGUGAGUUCAUCUGCGCUCAGAUGCUGCUCUUAGCUCAGUCCUACUGCUCCUGCCAUAGAGUAAGGGAUCUAACAGCCCACUCAUGGCUAUUCUGAGGAUAAGAAAUCUGCACAAACGGAAAUAUACAAUCAUUGGCUUGGUCAUAGUUUGCUUCAUCAUUUAUAAGUGUCUUGGCUUCUUUUCCAGCAUGCCACAGACAGGCUGGAAGAGAAGUAGAAAGGUGGGCCUGAACGCCAACUCAUCCCAGUUCACCCUGGAGGGAGAGCCCUUCCGUAUCCUUGGGGGAUCUGUUCACUAUUUCCGUGUGCCCAGGGCAUACUGGAGAGAUCGGCUAAUGAAGAUGAAGGCCUGUGGCAUCAACACUCUCACUACAUAUGUUCCAUGGAGUCUGCACCAGCCAGAGAAGGGUGCUUUCAACUUUCACACACAGCUGGAUUUAGAAGCGUACAUAUCUCUGGCAGCUGAGCUAGGGUUGUGGGUUAUUUUACGUCCUGGGCCCUACAUUUCUGCUGACAUGGACCUGGGAGGACUGCCAAGCUGGCUCCUCAGGGAUGGCAGUAUGAGACUAAGGACAACUCACCCAGGCUUCACUCAGGCUGUCAACACUUACUUUGACAAACUUAUACCGAAAGUGGUCCCACUACAGUUCAAGAAAGGAGGUCCCAUCAUUGCAGUGCAGGUUGAAGACGAAUAUGGAUCCUUCGCAAAGGAUCAAGGCUACAUGGUAUUCAUAAAGGAGGCUUUACAGUCCAGAGGAAUCAGUGAGCUCUUGCUCACAUCAGAUAACACCAACACAUUGAAGUCUGGGGGUGUUGAUGGAGUUAUCCGGUCAGUAAAGCUGCAGAAACUAAAUCAGAGAAACAUCCAGGAGCUAAGCGUUGCCCAGCCCAACAACCCUUCCAUGGUGAUGGAAUACUGGACUGGCUGGUAUGACGCAUGGGGGGACCUUCACCAUGUGCUGCCUCCAGAAGAUAUGGUGUCUACCGUGAGGGAAAUUCUGAGAAGAGGCAUGUCUGUCAAUCUGUACAUGUUCCACGGAGGAUCCAGUUUUGGCUUCAUGUCUGGAGCAGUCUCUGAUCCUUCAUACAGAGCUUUAGUCUCCAGCUAUGAUUAUGAUGCUCCAUUAUCUGAAUAUGGAGAAUACACGGCCAAAUACCAUCUUCUAAGGGAUUUAUUUUCUCGAUAUAACUCAAGAGGAGACAUCCUUCCAGACAUGCCAACCUUGCGUUACAGGGAGGCCUACGAACCUGCCAUUAUGUACCAGCAUCUGUCAUUAUGGGAUGCUUUAAGCUUUGCUGAGGGUCCUUUCAAGUCAUCCAAGGCAAUAAGCAUGGAGAACCUACCUGCAAACAAUGCCAACGGCCAAUCAUAUGGCUACACACUGUAUGAGACCACCAUCACUAGUGGAGGGUUAUUACAGUCGGGAGACAAUGUUCGAGAUCGUGCCCUGGUGUUUGUAGACAGAAGAUAUAUCGGCCUUUUCAAUCAUCAGAACCUAGAGCUGGCUGUUCCUGAUGGUAAGGACAAGCGUACCUUGAGCUUCCUGGUGGAGAACUGUGGACGAGUUCACCGUGGAAGGGACCUCGACAAACAACACAAAGGACUAGUGGGGGACAUUUUAUUAAACCACAUCCCCCUGAGAGAUUUUACUAUAUACAGCCUGGAUCUAAAACCCAGCUUUAUCGACAGUCUUUAUCAGGCACCUUGGAAAAAUCUCCCAGAAAAUCCCAGUUUUCCUGGGUUUUUCAUGGGGAGGCUGUUUGCAUACGGCUAUCCGAGUGACACGUUUGUGAAGCUGCCAGGCUGGGAAAAAGGCGUUGUGUUCAUAAAUGGUUUGAAUCUCGGUCGCUACUGGUCAAUUGGUCCCCAGCAGGCCCUCUACCUCCCUGGACCCUUUCUCAACAGUGGAAUAAACCAGGUCUUUGUGUUUGAGGAGCAAGAGGGUGACUACAAGGUCUACUUUGAGGAUUCCCCUGAUCUGGGCAUGGCAGCAGAAAUCCAGUGACCAUCAUUAAUGUAGAGGUGUGGCAUUUAGCAGAAAUGCUAAGCCAUGAUCCAUGAUCCCUGCUGCAAAACAUCCCCAGAGCAUGAUGCUGCCACCACCAUGUUUCACUGUGGGGAUGGUGUUCCUGUGAUGAUGGGGUAUGUUGGGUUUCUGCCAGACACUUUUUUCCUUGUUAGCCUAAAAGUUCAAUUUUUGUCUCAUCUGUCCAGAGAACAAUCCUCCAGACAUUUGGGGAAUUGCCCACGUACCUUUUGGCAGACUCAAAACAUGCCUUCAUAUUUUUAUUUGUACUUUUUUCUGUCCACUCCUCCAUAAUGCCCAGCACUAUGGAGUGUAUGGCUUAUUGUGGUCCCGUGGACAGAUCCUCCAGUCUCUGCUGGGGAGUUCUGCAGCUCCUUCAGGGUUACCUUUGGGUCUCUGUGCUGCCUUUCUGAUUGAUGCCGUCCCUGCUCAGUCUUUGAGUUCUGGUGGGUGUCCUUUUGGCAGGUUUGUUGUGGUAUCAUGUGCUUUCCAUUUGAACAUAAUGGAUUAGAUGGUCCUCCAGAGGAACAUCAAAGAUUUUGAUAUU